UUUCUCUAUAAAUAUAUAUAUUCUCACUCUUUUGCUUCUAUAUGUCUUAUUUCCAUUUAUACAUUUCUUGUUUCUGAUACUUUUCCUCUUUUGGCUUCAUUUGACUUCUCCUUCUCUCUGCUUCUCUUCUUCCCUUCUCUUCUCUUCUCUUUGAUCUCCAAAAUGCCCUCUGCGAGAAGAUAUAUAUGCUCUUUUUGUCCCAAAUGCUUUUCAAGAUCAGAACAUAAAUCAAGGCACGAAAGAUCUCACACCAAUGAAAAACCCUUUAAUUGUACAAUCUGUUUUGUGAAAUUUGUCAGAAGAGACCUAUUGCAAAGACACUUAAGAACUGUCCACUGUGAUCAAAAUACUGCCAACGUUACUAGGAAUAACAAACCAAAACUCACUACUUCCACCACCACCACCACCACCACUUCUACUCCCACUUCAACCUCUCUUAAUAACACCACUUCUAUAAUCUCUCCCUCAUCCAUUUCUUCUCCUUCUUCUUCCUCUUCCUCUCCUUCCCAGAGCCCAUUGAUUCACUCAAAUCAAAACACUUUCAAUCAAUUAAACACAAACUUGUCUACAAUUUCACCCAAUGAUCCUCUUGCCUCAAUUAAAAACUCUCCCAAAAAUCAAAAACUCCAAUCUCCCAAAAUCCUAUCAAAUAAUAAAAUAACUAAAAAGACUUCGUCAAGAAAAAGAAAAUCUCCCUCCAACUCAACUUCAACUAAUAAUAAUAAUAAUAACAAUAACAAUAAUACCUCUAACGACAAUUCUAAUACCAACAACUCCAAUAACCACAUUAUUUCCUCCAAUUUUUACUCUUUAUCAGAAAGAAACCUAAUUCUCCUACUAACUUUAAGCAAAAAAUUCUCAAACCUAAUCUUUCAAAACAACCAUCUAAUCCCCAUCAAAUUCUUCAACACCAACAUCAACACCAAUAACAUCGAUAACGACAUAAACACCGUAGACUUGAUCCUAUCUUCUUCCAAAAUCUCAAACUAUUUCUUAAUUUGGGGUACAAUCUCUAACAUAAAACUACCAGUCAUAUUAAACUUAAAUAAACUACUAUCCCUAUCAAUACCACCUACUCUACAAAGCUUGUCCAUUAGUACCAACAUCAACAGCACAACCACCAACAACAUCAAUGACAACAUCAACAACAUCAACAAUUCAAGUUUAUUCUUCGCUAUUCUAGCUUUUGGUGCUGCAGAAUUCUCAAAAAUCAACGACUGUCUCCAAUACUUUAAUAAAUCUUGGUCUCUACUAUUCAAAAAUAUCAACCAACCAAUAGAAAUCAUCCAGCCUCUAACCAUAUUAGCCUACAUCUCUCUCUACUUUUUCAACAACAUUGACAAUGACAAUAAUAAUAAUAAUAAUAAUAAUAAUAAUAAUAAUAAUAUGAACAACAACUUCAUCCCAAUUCAUUCAAUCUUCGACUGUCUCGAUGACGCUAUCUUCACAAUAGUAACUGAUACGAAUAAUUUGCUCAAUAAUGAUAUAAACAAAAUAUCGGAACUCUUCAAUUACUGGUAUAUAUAUAAUCUACUAUCCAAAUUCUCUCUCUACUUUAAUAAAAAACCUCCAAAAGUUCAUUCCAUUUUCUUAAAUAAAUUCCUAAUUAAUCCCUCCAAUUCUUUCAACAAUCAAUCUAAUAACAAUCAAUCUAAUAACAAUCAAUCUAAUAACAAUCAAUCUAAUAACAAUCAAUCUAAUAAUAAUAAUAUCAAUAACAAUAAUAAUAACAAUAACAAUAACAAUAACAAUAACAAUAACAAUAACAAUAACAAUAACAAUAACAAUAACAAUAAGUUAAAUAAUCAAAUUGAAAAUGAAAACGAAAAUGAAAAUGAAACUUUAAAAUCAAUUUUAUCAAAUUUAACUAAAUCCCCAGACUCCCUACUCAAAAACAUCAUCAUCAAAACUGACCAAAAUGACCUCAACACAACCAUUUCAACCAAUCAAUUCUUCUUCAAAAACUUAUCCUUUAGAGAAAACUGCAUAAUAAUGGGCCUCUCAAAUGAACUUCAAAGCCUCAAAUUCAACCAGCUAAAUAACAACCUUUUUAAUAACUCAAAAAACUUAAUUCACAACUCAAUCAUCAUGGCUAAUAAAUCUCUAAACAACAACUCAAAUUAUCAGCAAUUCAACACCUCCUCCAGAAUUAAUAACAACAUCGAUAGCCCCUCAAAUAACUUUGUAGAAAAUAUCAUCAUAAACUCUUCAAAUACAAUGCUCAACAUGAACAACUUUAGCGACAUGCUAAUCAACAAUAACAUCAACCAAGAUCUAAUCAAUAUUUAUAAUCUCAUCAUCAUAUUCAAAAAAAAAUUCCUAAUUAACUGCACAGAUAAACUACUACAGGACUUGUUAAUCAAUUAUCUAAUCAUCCCCAAUAACGAAAUCCACUGGGAUCUAUUAUAUCUAACUAUAAAGGAAUUCACUUUUGACAAUAGUUUUAUCGACUCAGUCUUUACUGAAAUUAAUCUAAAAAAUUCAGAUCCUUCUUCCCUAUCAAAUUUUGUCAAUUUCCUAUUCAAUGACCAAAAUUCUUUUGACUCAAUUACAAAAUCUUUAUCAAAAUUUUUUGAUACAUCGGAAACAAUUGCUAACCAAUCCUUCAACUACUCAAUCAUCAAUAAAAGUAAUAGGAAUAUUAACAAGGUAGCCAAAUCCUUUGUCAUUAACAAUAAUCUAGGUCUAACAUCUUUACCUCUAUUAUUCAUUAGUUAUUUAAUCAACUCACUCAUUUUGUCAAAUAAAAAUGAUAACAAUAAUCCUACCAAAGACCACUAUGGUAGCAAUAUGUUUAUGAGCAGUACAAAUCAUUUGAUCUUCUUGAAAUAUUUUCUCAAAUUGCCAAAUAAUUUUUUAAAGUUUUUAACUGAAAAUUUUCUAAUUCUAAUUAAAUUAUUUGUUCAAUUGGAAGAUAAUAAGGAUUCGCCCAAUAGUAGUAUGAGAAUCCAAGCAUUGAUGGAUUCCCCAAUUCUUCAAUCAAUUAUUUAUCUAAUUAAGCAAAUGGGCUUGACUUUCAAAUCAGAUUCGAAUAAUGGCCCAAAUUAUAAAUUUAAUGUUGGAACUGAAAGCUAUAAAAAUAUAAAAGAUGAAUCAUACAUUGACAACGAUUUGUUGUGCUACUAUCUAAGAAGUAUUGAUGAAUUGUUUGUUAAUUGGUUAAAUUUCUUAAAUUUUGGCACCAAUUAUCAAAAUUUCCACGGAAAUAAUUCUAUUAACAACAAUAAUAAAUAUUCAAUAUCAAUUGAAAACUUCAUAAGGAGUUUCAGAAGUAGUAUGAAUGAGAUCUAUGAUAGACUUCAGAGCAAAAUAUCCAGAACCAAUUCAGUGGAUAGUAAUGAUUCAGGUAUAAUAUUAAAUAACAAUUCAGCUAUCACAUCAACUUCAAGUGUACUAAGUAAUAAUUCGUUCUUCAACACCAACACCAACACCAACCCUAAUAAUAACAAUAAAAAUAAAAACAAUACAAUCAAUGAAGUUAGUAAAGAGAAACCAAUUGAUGAUAAAGUAAUGCUUAAUAGAUCGUUUCUGAUGAAUAACCAAACAAGUAUUGGAACAGUUUCUAAUCCAUUGAAUGAAUUUAAUAAAAAUCCACAUGGUAGAGCUAAUUCUUAUUCUACCAGCCCCUUUACCUCAAGUCCCAGAGGUGUACCAUUGGCUCAUUCGAAUUCAAUGUUACUGUAUAGUCAGUGGAGUGAUGAUAGAAGCACCAUUAAUCAUAAUUCAUUAAAUCUUAAUCAAUAUAACCAUUGUAUUGAAAAUAAUAACAUUAAUAACCAAAUCGAAAAUCACGAUAGCAACACCAACACCAAUAAUAAUAAUGCUAUUACAGAUAAUAGUAACAAUAUUGCAGAUAAUAACAGAAACUCAAAUAUUGUUAAUAGUACUUUUAACCUUUCUCACGAUAAUAAUAAAAUUAGUAGUAUUCUAAAUUCAAACAACAUUGAAAAGCCAAUAUUGAGAGAUACUAAUUUGAAUAGUUUUCAAAGUAAUUCAAAUUUUUCAAAAGAUAAUCAACAAAGAAUUUUUUUACCACCCAUAUUACCUCGACCUCAAAAUUAUGUUCCUCAAUCCGAGAUUAUAAUCAAUAAUACCUAUAGCUCACCAUUUUUACAUUCGCAUUCUAAGAAAUCACCAAGGCAAUUGCCAUUGCCAAUUACCUCUAGUUUAUCUUCGGCUUCAAGCUAUAAUUUGCAACCAACAAGCUAUCCUAAUAUUAGAGAAAUAGGUAUGAUUAACCAACAUAGUCACAACCAUUUAAAAAACACUAUUGUUAGCCAAAAUAGCUUUGCAAACACACCCAUUAAUGAUAAUAACGCCAGUAAUAGCAGCAAUGAAAGACAUAUGUCACAUAGCAACAAUGACAACACACAGCACAACAGCAUCAAUGGUAUUGCUGAUAAUAAAGGAUUUAGACCAGUCCGAAACAACAAUACCAACUCCAUCAGUAAUCUCAUCAACUUUACAGGUGAUUCAAACGAACCUUCGAUGGAACAAGAAGCCAUUGAGAGAAGAAACAGUUAUUCAUUCAAUGAAACUUCCUCAAGAGGCAGUUCAAAUGAAUACCAAGCAAGAGUUGAUGAUCGAUUUAAAUCUCACUCACUCAGUGAAUAAUUGAACCAUUUAACGAAAUUUCCUCUAAGCGACGACUCUUUAAUUUUCUUUAGUUUUUUCUCUAUUAUAUUAUAGCUCUUUUAUAACGAUUUUCCUGCACUUUCAGUUCUUUUUGCAUCAAUUUAACAUCGUCUUUAGUUUUUUUCUCUGCUUCCGAAACCCGUAAAUGACGAAGACGAGAAAAGCACGCAAAAUACAAAACAACGCCG